AUGGCGGAUUACAUGGAAAUAAUCAGUGAUGGAGAAGUUUGUGAUAUUAUAGAUUUUUACAAUUCUAAAUACGGAAGUGCCAUAAAGAAUUUGAAACCCUUGCAGCAUCAAGCUUUAUCUUGCAUUGUUGAUAGGAACUCUAAAAGUGGUGAUCUAAUAUGCAUGCUACCCACAGGUUAUGGGAAAAGUUUGAUAUAUGAACUUGUUCCUCUUGUGCUUGAAAAGAAGUUUGAUCAAAAUACUGUUAUGUUAGUUUUAGAACCUUUAAACGUUAUUAUUGAGCAACAGCUUUCAAAACUUGGUUCAAGUGCGAUGUCUAUUUGUGAAAAUAUGAAGGAGUCAGAUUUAAAGAAAUUAACGGAAAAUAGUGUUCAAUACAUUUAUUCUCACCCUGAACAUAUCAUUGGCAACAAAGAAAUAAAUAAUGUGCUUUCUUCGGAUUCCUGUCAAAGUAGGAAAUGCGUUAUAGUUGUCGAUGAAGCACAUUGUGUUCUUGACUGGGGGGAGGAGUAUAGACCUAUGUUCAGCAGAAUUAGAGAGUUGCGAGCUGUGUUGCCAGACGCUAAACUUGUUGCCCUCAGCGCUACAUUAUCACAGACAGCUCAAAGGGAUGUUGCCAAAGUACUUUUAAUGAGAAAUAUGAAAGUGGUCGCAUCCCAGCCUACCCGUGAAAACAUCUCAUUAGUUGUCAUGCGAAGACCCCCACUAGGUUCGAACAUUUCUUCAAAGGACACAUAUGACUAUGUUUUCCUGCCAUUAUUGAAUGAGUUGAAAUUGAAGGGUCAGAAGUUUCCACUGACAAUUGUGUAUUGUAGUGGAAGCAUGGAUUGGGUGGGAUAUGGUUUUGAAGUUUCUUCAAAAAUUCUUGGUACCGACAUGCAUGUUGGUAAUAAAAGUCCUGAGAAUCAGCGUGUGGUUAUGUACCACUCAUCCAUUGAAAAAGGGGACAAGCUUAAAGAUAUUAUCUUUAAAAACCUUUCUAAGCCUCCUUGUGAGUCUCCACUAAAAUUAGUGUUUGCUACAAUAGCCUUGGGAAUGGGGGCAGAUCUUCAACAUGUAGAGCGAGUCAUACAUGUUGGAUCACCAAUGAAUAUGGAAGCCUAUAUACAGCAAGUUGGCCGAGCUGGCAGAAAUGGGAAGCAAUGUAUUGCAGUGAUAUUCUUCAAUAAUUCUGAUUUAGGACGCCAAGGUGUUAGUAAAUCUGUGAAGGAUUUUUGUAAAAAUGACUCUGAAUGUCGUAAAACUGUUAUAAAUGCCUAUUUCGGCUUUACUUGCAAUGACAGCAUGGCCACUGAAAGACCUUUAUGUUGUGAUGUCUGUAAUGAAGAACUUAAAAGUGAAUGGCAUUACGAGACACCCAUGGAUGAGAGGAAAAAAUGUGUUUUAAGACAAGCCAUACAAACAUAUGUACAGGCGUCAAAGUUAGAAAAGGUUGUAUUGCCCGCUCACGUGGAGAAGCUUGUUUUUAAUGCACUUUUCUACACGGAUUCAAGUGCCAUUGAAAAAGAUUUUACAUAUCCUUGUCAAGUUUGA